AUGCGAAAUGCAAGAACAGAACAAGUUCUUUUGGGCAUUUUGGCAUUUGUUGUGGGAAUGUCAACUCGAGAUUGGUACGGCUUACAUGGCGAGAAAUUAACAAGAACUUUGAAAGCGCUCCUUAACAUCCCCAAUAUGCUUAACUCUUUUGACACAUCUACUUUCGAUUUCUUUGGUAUGUGUAAGCGUUUCAAACUCAACGGGAAAUAUAUUUUAUUUCCGGAGGAUUUAAAAAUUAAUGAAGGAAUACCACGAACACCGGAAACUAGCCCGCCGUUAAGUCCUUCGAAUAGAGAACGAGGUGAAACAAGAAAUUCAGCAAUAACCAGGUCCUGA